AUGUGGAUGUCUUAUAAGUGGAUGUCUUGCAUCCAACGCUCUCAAAUCCCACAAGAGAUCCAACGAGCGCUCAUUGUCAACUCUGUAUUGGCACACCGCACUCAGUCAGAGGGAGGGACACACCAUCCAGCUCGCUUUGACACCGAUUCACUGACAAUCGGCAUCAACAACCGCUGCUCCUUCUGCAUCUCCAACAAGGAAUACCACUUCGAAGAUCUGCAAAACACACAGCAUGUCAUCAAGGGCUUUGGUAACCAAAAGACCAUUGAUGUCAUGGCUGGAACACUGGUUUGGAAAUGGUUGGAUGAUGACAGAAAGGAACACACAUUCCGAAUCCCAAAUUCAUUCUACGUACCUUCAGGCAAGAUGAGAUUGCUGAGCCCACAGCAUAUCUCACAAGUUCUCAAGAAAAGAGGCCUUGAAACAUUCAUUGAAACAACAGAAGGCAAGCUCUGGUAUGACAACUUCUAUGCCUAUUGUGCCCAAUGCGCCAAAGCCAACCAGGAAGACGACCUCUUUGAAGAGGACCUUGAAGCACCUACAGCAAUGGAGGCAACGAUGGUCAGUGAUGACAAGCAUGACAAUGAGAAAAUCACAACACCAACUUCCCAUCGAGAGGAAGAAUCUGAACCAUCUGAAGAUGAUCCCGAACCUCCAAUGUGUGAAACACCAAUGACUUUUGAUCUCGAUAUGGACAAGAACAAAAGUUCAGCACCAAUACACAUUGAGGACAAUGAAGAGGACACUCAAAAAGAAAAUCACACAGCUGAGUUCCUCAAGUACCACCACAAGUUCAAUCACUGUUCACCAGCCAAGAUCCAAGCAAUGGCAAAGAAAGGUGAGCUCCCAAAAUACUUGGCAACAUGCAAUGUACCUGUAUGCAGUGCUUGCCAAUUUGGAAAGGCAACCAGAAGGCCGUGGCGCACCAAGAACAAGAAGAAUGGUCGCAAAGCAAAAAAAGGAACAAGACCAGGACAAGUGAAGAGCACAUCCGUGAAAGAGACGCUGGUAGGCAAGGAAGCAUUUGAGCGACUUGCUGCAACCUACGGGAUCCAAGUCCAACACUACCAUGCAGACAACGGAACGUUUGCCGCCAUAGGGUGGAUUGAUGCGUGUUACCGGAAGGAGCAGUCCAUAAGCUUUGCAGGAGUCAAUGCACAUCAUCAGAACGGAAGAGCUGAAGCAAGGAUCAAGCAUAUCCAGGACAUGGCACGUACCUUGUUGAUUCAUGCAACAAAGAGAUGGCCCAAGGCAAUCAAUGCUCGUCUGUGGCCCUUUGCAGUCCGCAUGGCAAAUCUCUCGAUCAAUGCAACACUGUGGUUAGCAGAUCUGAAGAAGCUCUCCAGACGAGAUGUUUUCAAGUUCCAAAGUGGAUAA